UCUAUAAGUAACAAAAGGAAUAAUAUUUAAUGACAAAGCCGCUUCUAUUUGUAAGCAAAUUCCCUUUCGUUUGCUGACAGUCUUAAAUCGUGAUUUGAAUGUCGCAUGUUCAAAUGACACUACUGGUUUCCACUGCCGAAAACAUGUUUUUGGUAGCUGUGUACGCCACUGUUUUCUCUAGUUACAAGAACUUUGUGAUUUUUAGCGAAUUUUUGGAGGCCACUCUACGAUUUUUACAUUUGAAUUCUAGAUUAAUGAAAUGCUAAUACUGCAUCAAAGUCAUGGUUCUCGGAGAAACGUGGACAUGAUGACGUGGUGUUUGCUUAUUGGCACUGGAACGUAUCUAAUUGAUGCUAUAGUUGACGACGCUGUUAGCAUGGAAGUGUAGAUGCUAAAUGAUGGAAACGAACUGAUUCUUCGGCAACGCUUAGUACCUGUAUUGCACGGUGCACAAUUCUCAAACUAUACCGCACUACCGCAGUCAGUUAAAUAACCACAGAGUUUACCUUCAAAAUUCCAAAGAUUCAUAUAAUCGUGUUUACAGAGAAGUCUGGUUGUUGUCAUGUGUGAAGUUGUUAUAGGUUUUUCAUAUUGAAGCUUCUAAUGAUGUAUAUUUUUUGUUUCACGUUUUUGACAGAUGUAAUAUCAGCAUCUUCCUCGGACUCGUCAUGCAGUCAAUUUGAACAGAAUUCUUUCUGUGAUUUGACGUGAGGUUUCAAAUAAUGCAGGACAUUCCAAUAUUUGUUUGUAGGCCAUCAUAUAAACAAAUAUGAACUCGAUAAGUAUUGAUAUUGAUGGAACGGUGUCCGAUUUUAGGACAUCUAAAUCUGACAGUUCCUGCCUGAAAAUAAAUUCCGUGAACAGUGCUGGCUAUCUAUAUAAUUGCUGCUUGCUACUGAUCACUGUAAUUGUUUUAAGCAUAAUUCUAUUUGAAUUCAAAGAAUAUGUUAGAGCAUUGCUAAUGUGGGUUGAGUCACAAGAUCAAGUUGUUAUAUACUUAAUUUUUACUGUGCUGUUCGUUCUAGUUUCCUUCCCAUUCACUUGGGGGUACACAGUUCUUGUUUUCGCUACAGGUUACGUUUUCGGAAUAAUUAGAGGGCUAGUAACAGUUUUAUUCGCAGCAAACAUUGGUGUAGUUGUCGCACAUUUUGCAGUUAGACUUGUACACUAUAAAUUUCCAUUAACAAAGCUUAUCCAGAAUGACAAAAUUCAAGCUGUGCUCUCUGUGAUAUCGGGAUCUAAAGCAUUUAGAGUUGCAGCCUUUUCUCGCUUGACCCCAGUGCCUUUCGGAGUACAGAAUUUAAUAUUUGCAGUCAGCAAUAUUAAUACGAGAAUAUAUUUCAUAGCAUCUUUUAUUGGUAUGAUACCAGCGCAAGUCAUAAAUGUGUAUCUGGGAAGCUCAUUGAGAUCAAUGGAGGAAGUUUUGUCCCACAAAUCAACAGCCACCACAGCUAUCAUUGUGUUUUUUCAAAGCGAACCAGGACUGCUCAUCAGUUGGUAAUGCAGCUUUCCGUGUAGCCAGUGUGUGGAUAGUUUCAGAUCACGGUUGGUGUGUGCCUCAUGGCUUAUGUAUUGACAAAAGCUCGUCAAGAGUUAAGGAAAGCACUAUAUAGUACAUCGUAUAGUCAGGUGGCAUGAUUCUUGUUAGUUACCAUUGACACACAUGGUACAUUACACCACAGCACUGAAAUCAAAUUUUUGAAAGACAUAAUCAGUAUUGUUUUAUAUUUAUUGAUUUAGAACUGCUUUUUGCUUAGUUUUAAUACAGAAUGAAUCAGUCAGUUCAAUCUUUCUGUUGUAUAAUUUUCUAUUUCUUUUUUAUUUAUUUUGGUAUUAAAUGUCACACUUUGGUUAUUUAUAUGUAAACUAUGGGGAUAUUGAAAAAGUAUAGUUUUACAUGAAUUGCAUGUGUAUAUAUAUAUUCACAACUUCUGUGUUUUCACAGGAACUUGUUAUAAACUGAAUGCUGUUAAAUCUGUACCUACUCAUUGCACUACAUGACGAUUGGUCAGACACUGAUGACAUUUUUAUUUUCAGUUAAUGUUUCAGGCAGCUUGCUGAUCGAAAUAUUUUAAGGGCUGUGAUUGUGCCAAAGAUAGGUCAGGUAUUAAUUACAUCCAGGAAAACAUUUUUUGUGUAUGUUUACUUACACAAAUACAAGUAUUUACAAGAAGUCGUCUUAUAAAUCCUGUUAUGUUGUCUUUUGUUAUUGCAGCAUAAUUUUAUGGAUAUAUUAGGAUGUGAUAAAAUCAGAUUGAUAAACACGUGUUACAUAUAAAUGUUUGUUAUAACUAUAAAGGGAAAUAAAUUUGUAGACUCAUAGGAUGAGGUCAAAAUGAUUGUGCCAUUUUUGUUUGUAGUUCAGUUUUUAGUGCUUUGUUUUUUCUACAUAUUUUGUCAAAACUUUGUCAAGUACAGAAAUUGUAAAAUCUACAUCUUCUUUGGUGAUGCACAUCGGUGGUUUAAUGCGGAAUACCUGCGAACAAUAAGAUAUGAUUACAGCACUAUUUGUGAAAGCAUUUAAUUACUUUGUGCCUUCAAUAAAUGAACAUAUUUAUUGUUAA